CAGUUCCUAGCGCCUGCUUAAAGCCCCCACAAGGACAGCUGCGGCUAGACACCGCCACCUUCACCAUGAGCCCCAGGCAGCCCCUGGCCCUGGUGCUCCUGGUGCUGGGCUGCUGCGCCGCCGCUCCCAGACCACACAAGCCCACCCUUGUGGUCUUCCCAGGAGACCUGAAAACGAAUCUCACGGACAGGCAGCUGGCAGAGGAAUAUCUGUUUCGCUAUGGCUAUACUCAUGUGGCCGAGCUGAGUGACAACGAGGAGUCCCUGAGUCGGGCGCUGCGGCUUCUCCAGAGGCGCCUGGCUCUGCCUGAGACCGGCGAGCUGGACAGAACCACCCUGGAGGCCAUACGGGCCCCGCGCUGCGGUGUCCCAGACCUGGGCAAAUUCCAGACCUUUGAGGGCGACCUCAAGUGGAAGCACUACAACAUCACGUACUGGAUCCAAAACUACUCGGAAGACUUGCCGCGCGACGUGAUCGACGACGCCUUUGCCCGCGCCUUCGCGCUCUGGAGCGCAGUGACGCCACUCACCUUCACGCGCGUGUACGGGCUCCAGGCAGACAUCGUCAUCCAGUUUGGUGUUAGGGAGCACGGAGAUGGGUAUCCCUUCGAUGGGAAGGACGGGCUCCUGGCACACGCUUUUCCUCCCGGCCCGGGCAUUCAGGGAGACUCCCACUUCGACGAUGAGGAAUUGUGGACUCUGGGCAAGGGCGUAGUGGUUCCGACCUACUUCGGAAACGCAGACGGCGCCCCCUGCCACUUCCCUUUCACCUUCGAGGGCCGCUCCUACUCCACCUGCACCACGGACGGCCGCUCGGACGAGCUGCCCUGGUGUGGCACCACCGCGGAUUUCGACACCGACGGCCGGUUCGGCUUCUGCCCUAGCGAGAGACUCUACACCGAGGACGGCAAUGGAGAAGGCAAGCCCUGCGUGUUUCCGUUCAUCUUUGACGGCCGCUCCUACUCCUCCUGCACCACGGAGGGUCGCUCGGAUGGCUACCGCUGGUGCGCCACCACGGCCAACUAUGACAAGGACCAGCUCUAUGGGUUCUGCCCAACCCGAGUUGACUUGAUGGUGACCGGUGGCAACUCUGCGGGGGAGGCCUGUGUCUUCCCCUUUAUUUUCCUGGGCCAGGAGUACACGACAUGCACCAGCGAGGGCCGCGCAGACAGGCACCUCUGGUGCGCCACCACCUCGAACUUUGACAGAGACAAGAAGUGGGGCUUCUGCUCCGACCGAGGAUACAGCCUGUUCCUUGUGGCAGCCCAUGAGUUCGGCCACGCCCUGGGUUUGGAUCACUCGUCGGUGCCAGAAGCACUCAUGUACCCCAUGUACAGCUUCACGGAAGGGCCCCCCCUGCAUGAGGACGAUGUGAAGGGCAUCCAGUACCUGUAUGGUCCUCGCCCUGAACCUGAACCACGACCUCCAACCACCGCCACACCUAAAUCCCAGCCCACGGUCUGCACUACUGGGCCUCCCCCCCGCCCCCCCACCGCUGGCCCCACAGGCCCCCCUUCAGCUGGCCCCACGGGUCUCCCCACUGCUGGCCCUUCUGAGGCCCCUACAGUGUCUUUGGAUCCAGCAGACGAUGUAUGCAAAGUGAAAAUUUUCGACGCCAUUGCGGAGAUUGGGAAUCUUCUGCAUCUCUUCAAGGAUGGCAAGUACUGGCAGUUCUCUGAGAACCAAGGGCGCAGGGUGCAGGGCCCCUUCCUUAUCACCAGCAAGUGGCCUGCAUUGCCCCGCAAGCUGGACUCCGCCUUUGAGGAUCCGCUCACCAAGAAGAUUUUCUUCUUCGCUGGGCGCCAGGUGUGGGUGUACACAGGCGCGUCGGUGCUCGGCCCGCGGCGUCUGGACAAGCUGGGCCUGGGCCCGGAGGUGACCCAGAUCACUGGGGCCCUCCCGCGCAGCGGCGGUAAGGUGCUGCUCUUCAGCCGGCAGCGCUUCUGGAGGUUCGACGUGAAGACACAGACCGUGGAUUCCAUGAGCGACAGCCAGGUGGAGCAGAUGUUCGGUGGCGUGCCCUUGAACACACACGAUGUCUUUCAGUACCAAGGGAACGCCUACUUCUGCCAGGACCGUUUCUACUGGCGAGUGCGGUCUCAGAACGAGGCGAACCAGGUGGACCAAGUGGGCUACGUGACCUUUGACCUCCUGAAGUGCCCCGAGAAUUAGGGCUUCCCAUCCUGCUUCAGCACUGCUGAGCGGGUCCCCCACGGACCAUCCCAAUAGGGAAGGAGCCAGUUUGCCGGAUACAAACUGGUGGGUCUGUUCUGGAAGACAAGGAGGAGUCGAGGUGGGCUGGGCCCCUCUCUUCCCACCUUCCUCUUUUGUUGGAAUAUUUUUAAUAAACUUGAAUUCUUUAACUUUGA